AUGGCUUCAGCUUGGCACGCGCCUCGAAGACGUCCAGACACGUCACUUGACCCAUACGAUCCCUCGUCGCCGCCACCGCUGCUGGAAGAAGGGGCGGCUCGGAAGCCAUCGAAGCGCGCGUCGCUCUUUUCACGUCAUUGGAGUCCACGCGACACGAGUCCGACGUUGCAGUCGCAGGUGGAACUCGAAGUCGAAGCGUUCACGGAACAGUACGAGCGCGAGAAACGCCGGAGCCUCUUGGCGUUCAUGCUGGGGCCCACUAGUCCGUUACGGACGUUGCGGUCCGUGUCGGAUGCUAGUCCGCCUGCCCCGACGCUUGUCCAGCGGGAGAAUGCGUUCCGAUUGGUCCGGCAUGGCUCCGAUCCCAUGCUGAACGACGCGUUCUAUGCUACGCAAGUGCAAGUGGGGAACUUUGUCAAAAUGGGCUGGCUCACGAAACAAGGUCAUUUGUGGAAGAGCUGGAAAACGCGCUUCUUUGUGCUCUUUGCGGACGGCACGUUUGCGUACUACAAGAACAAAGGACGGAAGAAGAUUAAAGGAUGCAUGCAAUUGAACGACGGAGUCGUGUCCGUGCAACAUGUGGACAUCCGCGUAGCCGAGAAGGCCUAUGCGUUCCAGAUUGAAAAAGGCUUUUAUAAGCUCUUGUGUUACUGCUGCAGUCAAUUUGAAGCCGAGAUAUGGGUCGCUGCAUUGCGAUCGGUGCGGCGAGUUGCACCGCCGUGCUACGAAAUGGAUUUGACGUCUACGGAGGAGAAAGCAGGGUCAAAUGCCGUGACGAGACAUUUGAACAAGAUCUUUGUCACGGAUGAGCAAAUUGCUAUGCGUUUAAUUGAGUUUAAGGACCAUGAAAACGACCAUUCGUAUGCGGCGAUUCACAACUUUAUUGUCGAGCUGGACGACGCGAUCAUUGAUCGCCAUCAUUUGGAGCUGUAUCGGGACCCGGAGAUUAUUUUGUUACCUGGUAACGAGCUAGUGCGGCUCAUUCGUCGACAUGUGGAGGACCGCGUUUUCGUUCCAUUAUAUGCCGAGGCGUACGCAAGCUUGGAGAGUUGUAAAGUGAAGUCAAGACGUAGAAAUGUGGAACAGAAUCGCAAAGUGCUGAAGCAAAAAGUGCAGGCGGAUUUCGGCAUUUCAAAAGAUCUGUCAGUUUGCAAUUGGGGCCAAGCUAUUAGUGCCAUCAACCUUCUUGAGUGCGUGUCGCUUCCAACACACAAGUUUGAGGUUGUUUUGUCUGCUGGAAAAGCCAUUACAAAAUCGAUUGUGAAGUACAACGACGAGCAUUUCGAAAUAUCCGAUGAGGUACUGACGGCGAUUUUCCGGUACGUCGUUACGAUGUCAUCGCUAAGUGAUCUGCCGAUACUCCGAGUGUUGUUGAAGCAUGGAUACCAACAACACCCGGCAUGUCAGAACAAGGCGAACAUCGUUAGGGCUUUCCUCGAUGCAGCCAAGUGGGUGGAGCGUUUUGAACCUGGCGAUGAAAGCUAUCAGUUUGACUCGCUGGGACUUGCUGGAUCUCGAGUCUCCGUAUCCAUUUCGACCAACGAUAUUGGUAUUCAGUUCACAACAGAUGGCAACGGUCGAGGGGCCAUUGUAUACAGUGUUCGAAAGCUGUCUCAAGCAGCACUGAGCACUUCGAUUGUGCCUGGGCUGUCGUUGAUUGCAAUCAACCACGAGCCAGUAAUUGGGAUGCCAUUUGACAAGAUCAUUCAGCAAGUGCGCACUGCAGCUCUGCCAAAGCAGCUCACGUUCAUGACCGAGUUUUACUACUACCAAUUGCUUUCGCUGGACUCCGACAUGUUUCAGUAUCUCAUGUGUCUCGCGGGUCGUCGGGGAGAUUUGGACUCGGCUGUAUGGCUACAGUCACCUAGUAUGGAGCUAAAUUCGCUAUGUUUCUGGGAAAAGUCCAGAGGAAAGCAGGUUUUCGGGUUUGUUCCGGCAUCGGGAAAGGGGUCCCCUCUUCAUGCUGCUGUUCACAACGGACAACUAAGUAUGGUCAACUAUCUUGUUUCAAAAGGUGCUGAUGUCAAUUUGUGCGAUCAUAAAGGAAGAAGGCCACUGCAUGUCGUGAAACAGUCGAUGGAACUGGCGCUGAUUAUUGAGAGCCUCAUUGAUGCAGGGGCUGACAUCGACGCGGCAGACAAACAUGGACUUACUCCGUUGAUGUCCAUGUGCAUAAGAGCGUCGCUCGAAGGGUCUGCAACGCUGCUAGCUCUAGGUGCCAGCGUGCAUUGUGUGGCGUGGUCGAGUGGUUUUUCGGCACUAGAGUUUGCGGUGGAGAGUCAGUGCACAGAGCUGGUGGACUUGUGCUUGUCAAAGGGAGCAAACCCGAAUGCUUCCACACUGGAUGGGAGUACGAGUCUGCAUUUAGCUGCCACUCUCUCGCGCGCUGAUAUCAUCCUCAGGUUACUACAGAGUGGUGCGAAUCCCUAUACUCGAAAUCGGUAUGGCCAGACUCCAGCAGCAGUGCUGCUUGCACCAGGUCUUGGCGAUAACGGCGUCACCCGAGCCAUGUGCCUUGCGGCUCUAGCACACGAUGGGCGCCUUCUUAAUAAACGCGGUAUCCCAAGUCUUCAGGAUUCCGACCAAAUAAGCGCAUUGCAAAGCUCAAGAGAGGUCGAUUGGUCACUAAAAGUAAGCUUGACAAAUUGUCCAGGCGGCGACGUCGAUAUCGACAGUUUGGAUUGUUCUCCUGUUGAUCACUGUUGGACGAGCCAGGCCGUAGGAUGUAUGGGAUCGCAAUUGCCCGGCGACAUGCGGAAGAUUACGGGAAAAAACAAUCUCGUGUCUCGGUUCGUGCAGUCAAAAUCCGUCGACAACAUGGUCCGUGAUUUGGUGUCAGGGACGGAAGUGGACUUGGUCGAUGCUGUGGCAUUCGUACUAUUUCUCGAUAGUUUUUCAAGUUUGAAUAAAGUGAUGGAACUGUUGAGCGACUACGUCCGCGACGGUGUCAAGAGUCACGGGCUCGUCCGACUUUUCAUUUUGCUGUUGCUGUUUAGGCUGUCAGAAAAUAAGGAAGCUGAUGAUGUUUGGAGCCGUUUCUCCAGUCUCUUUCGUCAUAACGUCGACGUCUGGAAGGAGAAACUAGUCCCUUUGAUUGGGGAGUACUUCUCACUUUACAGAGCCUAUUUUCAUCUUCAAGGGGCCGGAAAUUACGUUGUGAACUACGAAACAAUUCCCGAAAUGAUGAUUAAGACCUACGGACCAGUUUCGGGCGCCCGACCUGUAGUUUGCGGGUCUUUCCCGGGCCAUUUGCACCGGUACAUUGACGCAGAACGGUGGUCAGUGCAGUGCACACUUUUGACACAUGCAGUCUUUUGCAAGAUUCCAGUGCAAGAUCUGAUUUGCACCGGUCCCAAGAUUGAGCAUUCCGUUGAGUUUACAGCCAUCAAGCGGUGGUUCCAACACCUGUCUGCAUAUGUGAUCAACGCUGUUUUGGUCCAAGACACCCCUGCCGAACGCGCCGAAGUGAUUUCGUUCUACCUCAAGGCUGCCAAUUGCUGCAUGUCAUUACAUAACUACGAUACGUUGGCUUCGAUUUUGUACGCCUUGCAGUCUACAGCAGUACAGCGCCUUCGAAAAACAAUCGACUGUCUGAGCGUCCACGCGAAGAAGAUGAUGAACGAAAUGCAACUGUUAUCAGACAAGGGUUGUCGUGAGAUGAAUCAGCUUAUGAGGAACGCAGCCAACCCAUGUAUGCCUUACAUCGGAUUGUACCUCCAGGGCUUUGUUGGACUGAACGAGUUGCCUACUUUUGGCAACGAUGGUUUGGUGAAUGGGACUCGGUUGCGACGAAUGGGUGAAUUGGCAAUGGAAAUCCUGCACCGCCAAUCGGUUGCUUACGCGCUUCCGAACGAUGAAAGGAUUGAUGUAUUACUGCAUGUCUCAAUGCCGUAUGCUUCCGAGGAGUCCCGGUAUUCUAGAUCCCUGGAGCUCGAGCCGCGCGAAGCCGGUGCGAAACCGCUAAGCGAUUGUGGCUCGUGCGUUGUUAUCGAUGAUGAUCUGGACCUUGCCAGCGAGGUCCGUGUUUCCAUUGGUAGUGACGGAACCUUUGGGUUCCGGCAGUGGAUUCGUAAGCAGCAAGUGGUCCAUCGAAAUCGCUCGCGCUCAUCGGUAAUCGCAUUAUAUGAGUGGGUCUAG